AUGGGACAACACAUUCUAUUUGCUUUGGACGCUAAAAAAAAUGGAAGUCUCGAUGCAUUAAAGAAAAAGAUUAUGGACAUGUACGCUACUAAUCCCACUUGUGCUCCACAAGUAAUAGACUUGGUAAAAGAACUUGACGCCCUUCCUUCUUUAUUAGACGCUUUACCUCCGUUUUUAGCUCUCGAUUUGGCUUCAUGUGCAGCCCAGCAAAAUUUGUUGCACUUAGAACCUUGGCUUUACCGAAAGAUUCAAUCCGACAACUUUAUUUCACCUUGCCUCGAUUACGUGGCUCAAAAGAAUGUCUCCAAGGACCCAUCUGUACUUGAAACCAUCACCAUCUUUCUCAAAGUACUUUCUUCUCGACCUUUACCACCCACCUAUGCCGAAAUGCUGAGUCGCCUUCAAUCACAGUGUCAUUCCACCUAUCCUAAUCUAUUUGUACCAGAUGCAAGCACAGAAGUCUCUUUUUCACAGGACGUAGAAAAGGAGGCCAAUGUUUACUACGAGCGAAUCUACAAUGGUGAGCUUUCGAUGGAUGCUAUGAUUAAUCUCUUGAAAGAAAAGAGCCAAUCAGAGAACCCACGAGAUCGUCAAGUCUUUGCCUGCAUGAUUCAUAACCUGUUUGACGAAUACUCGUUUUUUCCUAAAUAUCCAGACAAGGAAUUGACCAUGACAAGUGUUCUCUUUGGCUCGUUGAUUCAACAUGGACUUGUGACUGAUGCAUCGCUCAGCACAGCCUUGGGUUAUGUCUCGGAUGCCUUGAGAAAUCCUGUGGGGUCCAAAAUGUUUAAUUUUGGUAUUGGUGCACUUUUACAAUUUAAAUCCAGAUUGCAUGAAUGGCCUCAAUACUGCCAGCACUUGCAACAAAUACCGCACCUGGUUCAGGCACGACCUGAUCUACUCCUGCCGAUGAUGGAUAACGCCUCCGAUGCAUCAACAACAACGCCAGCAGCGCCAUCUUUCAGUUGUGUGCAUGUUCCCAAAGUUAAAACAGAGAUUGCGUAUCAUGAGCCUACUGAUGCGGUACAAGACAAGAUUUUAUUUAUCAUAAAUAAUGUGGCCGAAAAUAACAUGACCAGCAAAGUCACUGAACUAUCCAAAAUCCUUGAUCCAGCAUUAUUUCAAUGGUUCAGUCAUUACUUGAUUGUGAAGCGUAUUUCGCUAGAGCCAAACAAUCAUGAACUCUAUGUGCAUUUAUUAGACGCAAUGCAGAAUAAAGUUCUGGUGUCGCAUGUGCUUGCUGAAACUUUUUCCAAUAUCUUGAUCCUUCUAAACUCGGAAAAGACGAUUUCGAAUUCAUCAGAACGGUCACUUCUAAAGAAUUUAGGGUCCUGGUUGGGUCGUUUGACGCUAGCAAAGAACAAACCCAUCUUGCAUAAAUCCAUUGCAUUCCGGGAUUUAUUGUUGGAAGCAUAUGAUACACAACGGUUGAUUGUUGCAAUCCCAUUUACAUGUAAAGUAUUAGAGCAAUGUGCUGAUAGUAGAGUAUUUAGACCUCCCAAUCCAUGGCUGAUGUCCAUCCUGAAACUUCUUGUGGAGCUAUACGAAUCUGCCGAUCUCAAACUCAACCUCAAAUUCGAAAUUGAAGUCUUAUGUAAAACUUUACAUAUUGAAUUGAAGGAUAUCCAACCUACUAGUGCCUUGAAAAAUCGAAAACCACAAGAACAACCCAUGACAUUUAAUAGAUACCCGGCCGCACCAGCAUUACCACCACUUCAUCCCGAACUUGGUACCAUCAUGACUGAAAUCCCCAUUCCUAAUUUAGCACCUUAUAUCGCCUUCAACCCACAAAUUUCUUUAUACUCUACACAACCUGCAGCGAAACGUCUCGUAUUGCAAGCUUUCACGGAAUCGAUCCGAGAAAUUAUCGGGCCUGUAGUUGAGCGCGCUGUAGCUAUUGCUGUGGUGUCUACACGUGAUUUGGUAUCGAAGGAUUUUGUGAUGGAAAUGGAUGAAACCAAAAUGCGAAAAGCAGCUCAUAUGAUGUCACAGAAUCUGGCUGCUAGUUUGGCUAUGGUGACAAGUAAAGAACCUUUACGUCUAAGUAUUGUGGCGAACUUAAGGACCAUCUUUCUCGCACAUGGAUUGAACGAUAGUUCGGCAGAGCAAGCGAUUAUUUUAACCGUGGCGGACAAUUUGGAUCUGAUGUGUGCAGUGAUUGAAAAAGCUGCGAUGGGAAAAGUCACCUUAGAGAUUGAUCAAGCACUUUCAACGGCAUUUGCUGUCCGUAAGAAGCAUCGAGAACAACGACCCCAUCAACCAUUUGUGGAUGUGGAUACAUAUCAAAAAUCCGGAUUUCCUUCGACUUUACCACCUCAUCUUUGUCCUCAACCCACUGGUGUUUCACCCACACAGCUAAGUGUGUAUGAAGACUUUAUGCGUAUACCAAGAUCUACGCCUAUUCCUCAAGAUAAUAAACCUGCCAGCGCCCAUGCCAUUUUGGAACGAUUUGCACAAUGUAUCAGUGAGCUUGAAAAGGCUGUUGCUGCCAAUCAAAUCUGGGAUUUUCAUGCUUUACCUCCACAAUCACCUAUUCGAGAGCUCGUACGACAGAUUACGAUGUUGGCAGUGACAAGUUUUGAUAAAUGUGAAGCAGCCAAGGCGUUUGCACAAAAGGUUGUUCAGUUGUUGUACAAGACAGAGCAACCUUUAUUGAUUGAGGUGUAUGUGGUACUAUUGGAAAAUCUGUGUGAAGUGUCAGCGAGUGUAGGCUCACUUGUGACAUCCUGGUUAACGCAUGCGGAUGAUGAACGAAAAUACAAUGUGCCUGUUACUGUAGCAUUAAUCAAGGCAGGGUUAAUUGAUCUACCUGAACAAGAUCGCGAACUUUCAAUGUUGAUUGAAAGUGGACGAGCCAGUGCGAUUGAUUUUACAUUGAAAUUGAUCCGGGCCUGUUUACUGGAUGAAACGCCACCUUUAGCCACACGACAAGAAUUCAAGGCCUCAAUGGAAUGUUUGAGUCAUUUACGUCAAGAACCAUCGAUUAAUUUACUUUUAGAAGAAAUUCGCAAGAGACAACCGGAAGAUGCUGGAUUACGUGAGCAACUCGGAUUCUUUUUCGGUGAAUGGGUUCGUUUAUAUAGUCAUCCUGGUACGACUGAAAAGACGAUGCUUGCAUUUGCUACACAGUUAUCACAACAGAGUAUCUUUUGUCAGGAAGAAAUGUCCUCAUUAUUUUACCGAGUUUGUAUUGAGGUCUCGGUAGAACAUGCGAUCAAGUAUAAAAUGGUACCUGGCGCGCAAUCCACUGCAUAUCAACCAAUGGACGCAUUUUCCAAAUUACUGGUGACUUUACUUCAAGUGCCUGAAGCUGAGCCCAUGACGACAUUCACACGCGCAUUGUCUGUGAUUGUCUUAGUGAUCUCACACCAUCAUCAAGUCCGUGGACAACAUUUCGAUCAACGACCGUUCCUGAGAUUGUUUACGAGUCUGUUAACGGAUCUUCACUUACAGGAGGCUAAUGUGCAGUACCUGGCACUAUUGACAGGACUUAGUAACACGUUAUUUACGUUACAACCCAGCCAUUUCCCUGGAUUAACUUUUGCCUGGCUCCAAUUGAUCUCACAUCGUUUAUUUAUGCCACAAUUGUUAUUGGCGGAGAAUCAAGUCGGAUGGUCUGCAUUUCAGAGGUUACUAGUAUGUCUGUUCCAGUUCUUGGCACCUUAUCUACGACAUGUGGAAUUGAGUGAUACAAUGCGUAUGCUGUAUCGCGGUACACUACGUGUAUUACUGGUACUGUUGCAUGAUUUCCCUGAAUUCCUAUGCGAUUAUCAUUAUAGUUUUUGUGAUGUGAUCCCCUCGACGUGUAUCCAAUUACGUAAUUUGAUUUUGAGCGCGUUUCCUCGUAGUAUGCGAUUACCGGACCCCUUUACACCUAAUUUGAAGAUUGAUUUAUUACCCGAGAUCCAACAAUCGCCUCGUAUUUUGUCUGAUUUUAUGGCGGCGUUGGAUGAAUCUUUGCAAUCGGAAUUGGAUGUUUACUUGGAGACGAACAAGCUUCCCACGACGGCGUUUUUAGAGGAUUUGAAGGGUAUGCUGAAAUUAAAAGAGGGAGGGUAUAAUGUUGAAUUGUUGAAUGCGGUAAUAUUUUAUACGGGCACAACAGCUAUUUCAAAGGCAAUACCUGUUCAACAAGGACCGACGAUGACGAUUUAUCAGUACUUGUUAUCGGAAUGCGAUUCAGAGGGACGAUAUCUGUUUUUGAGUGCCAUUGCGAAUCAAUUACGAUAUCCUAAUAGCCAUACGCAUUAUUUCAGUUGCGUUCUUUUGUACUUGUUUGGAGAGAUUCAGAAAGAAAUUGUGAAAGAACAGAUCACACGUGUGUUGCUAGAACGUUUGAUUGUGAAUCGACCUCAUCCUUGGGGGCUUUUGAUCACCUUUAUUGAAUUGAUCAAGAAUCCACGGUAUAGCUUUUGGACGCAUUCUUUUACGCGAUGUGCAACGGAUAUUGAAAGAUUGUUUGAAAGUGUUGCUAGGUAA